CAAAUUUCUAGGGUUCACUCUCGUUUCCCUCUUUCUUUUUUGCUCCAGUGGUGAAAUUGGAAUCCUUGUGGUGCAAAGCAGGAGCUAUUCUCCAAAGGAAGACCACUCCGUCAUCGUCAUGAUCAGUAUCAUAUAGGAAAGACGAAAGGUAUCUGCUUCAAGAAACACUUAAAAGAUCGUCAGAACCCUUGCGGAGGUGAACCUAGCGCCCAGCGGAAGCUUACGGGUUAUAAUGGAUUUUACGCGUCAUUUAGUUCAGGAAGAAUGGGUCCAUAUCAGUGCUCUGGAGGGGCAUCCUGUGGUUCAUCAGGCAGACCUUCGGAUUGGUGGUACUGAUAGUGAUAGAAGGUUUGACAUGGAAUUGUUAAGUGGGGCAACAUACCCUCGGAAGGCUUAUCGCCGACACAUGCAUGACAGGGAUACCCAUGCAUAUAGCUAUCGUGGCAUUGAUAGCUCCCACGAUCCUGGGUUUGACAGGCCUACAAGGUUUGCUGGUCGUAAUCAUGCUGAUUUUGCACCUUAUGAUAAUGGUCAUGAUUAUAGGCAUCAUAUCUCCAGAAGAAGGGAGGAUAGGCAUGAAAGAGGUACCGAUUAUGGCCGGUCCGUCUACGGUUCUGAUUGUGACAAAAGCAGAAAAAGAGAUGGUAGUUGGGAGAGGUGCGAUUCCCUUGUUUGUGUUCCUGAUAGACAAAGUUCAAGUUGGAAGCGAGAUCAAAGUCCAGAACAUUCUCUGUAUCGUGGACAUUAUGAUCGUCAGAGAAUAAGGCCUCCUCGAGUUCACAUCCAGUGGAAGGAAAAUUGCGAUGACAGACGAAAUCAUGAACAUUCUUCAGUGGUUCCAUCUUCAACCGUUAGGGUGAGGGGUUUGUCAAGCGAGGCCACUAAGGAAGAUCUUUAUCAGAUUCUAGCAGAAUGGGGACCCAUUUGUAAUGUCAGAAUUUUAAAGGAAAAGGAAUCCAGCACCUGUCGUGGAUUUGCAUUUAUUGAUUUUCCUUCAGUGAGAGCGGCUCGUACUAUGAUGGAGGAAGUUGGAUAUGAUGGCCUCAUUGAUGAUGGGAGAGAGCUGUCUUUUGAGUACAGUUUUAAAAAGAUCAAAUCGAAGAGUCGUGUCCUGCACGAAAAGCUAAAUAGCAAGAGAAGAAGGCUACGACAAUUAGAAAGAGAUGCAGUUGCUGCACGUGCACAGCAACAACAACAAGAAGAAAAGGAGGUGGGAGAGGAGGAAGGAGAAGUAGAUGAUAGAGAUGUGGUAGAAGUAGAAGAUAGGGGGGGUGUGGAGGAGGAAAGAGAAGUAGAAGACAGAGAAGCGGGAGAAGGAGAAGCAGAAGCAGAAGAACUAGUACAAGGAGAAGGAGAAGAACAAAAUACAGAAGUAGAAGACAGAGAAGCAGGAGAAGGAGAAACAGAAGUGGAAGAACUAGUUCAAGGAGAAGGAGAAGAAAAACUACAGCAGCAGCAGCAACGGCAACUAGUAGGAGAACUUGAGAUUGGUGAAAUCCGGCAUGGGCCUUCUUCAUAUGGUAUUUCUGCUGCUAUGUCUUGUGAGGAACUUGAAGAAAGAAUGGAUUGCAUCAAGGAAGAUCCAUAUUUAAAAGUUGUUAUAGAAGAUAUUGAGAUCGGUGGUCCAGAUGUAAUGAUGAGGUACUUGAGUGAUCCCGAGGUCCUAUGGAAGUUGGGGCAUGCUAUGGGUUUUACGGUUUAAAAAGGCAUUAUCAAUUCAACUGAACAUAAUGCACUAGGGACGCUGAAUAAACCGACAGAGGUUGAGUCAAUUUUCAGUACACAUUGAAACGAAGGAGCUCAUCUUCAUGGUUAACAAAGAAAGAAUAGCUGAAUACUUGAAUUCCCUGGAGAAGGUGAACGUGAAUGAUCAAUUCCUGAUCUGGGAUCCAGAACGUCAAAGCAAAGCCUGGAUAGUAUCAGUUCAUACCGCUCCUCGUUCGUGCACAGUAUCAUCAUGGACAUGGAUGUUGUUUGGGAUUACAGGGACGAGAAUGAGAGUUGAACUGUAGUAGCCAUGCCUCACAUCAUCAUCUAAUGCAUUUGAAGAAAUGUUGCUUGAUGGAGAUCUGUAGCUCGUGCUAGCAGGAAUUUUUCUGGUGCAUCCUUAUAGAAGAGUUUUAUUGUAUUUGGAUAAUUAUGGCUGCCUCAGGGUUGUCUGGAGUCGUCAUCCAGUUCAGCAACAAUUACAAUAAUAAAAUGGUGCUUGUAGUUGAACAUCACCACCGCAACCACCCCUGGUAACUAGGAAGGGUGAAACAUGGUGGAAUACUGGAAGAUUUAGUACGACUGAUACCAGUAAUUCCGUUGGUAAUGGCAGGAGGAUUAGCUGCUGUAAUUGUCCUGAGAGAGUUUGGUAUGCAUCUGCUGUUUCUGCUGCUCCUAGAGAAAUUUGGUUUCUGUAAUUUGUAUUGAUUUUAUUAUUAAUCAAACAAUAAAAAGGUGUAAUUGUUCAGUUGCAUAUUGUAGUUUUGAAUUUAUAAAGUUUUUGCACGUUAGCAAUUCCAAUGUUGUUAUUCAGCCGGAUCUUAUUCAAGGCAA